AUGGAACAAGUAAAGUCUCAUCGUUCGCCUAUCCAGGCAAUUCGUUCCAACACCACGGAACGUAUGGCCCAUCACUUGGACACAGUUCUCUCCAAUCGUGAAGAAAUUCGUUCUAUUGACAACCAACAUGCCGCUGACGAUACUGAUCUUUUGCACCAGAUUGGUUACAAACAAGAGAUGAGAAGAGAAUUCUCAACCUUCCAGGUGUUUGGAAUUGCCUUCUCGAUUAUGGGUUUGUUGCCUUCCAUCACUACGACUGCCGCCGUGGGCUUGGAGGCCGGUCCUGUUGGUCUUGUGUGGGGCUGGUUUGUGAGUGGACUCUUCAUUCUUUUCGUUGGUAUUUCAAUGAGUUUUUUGGGUUCGUCCAUUCCAACCUCUGGAGGUUUGUUCUACUACGCUAAUUACUACUCGGGUGAGAAUGUGAGAGUGCCUUUGUCUUUCCUUAUUGGCUGCUCCAACACCUUGGCCUUAUGUAGUGGUUUAUGUUCCAUCAACUACGGUUGCGUCUCCGAAUUGUUUGCUGCAGUUUACCUCGGCACCGGUUUCGAAUCCACCAAGUAUCAGGUAUAUGGGGUUUUCGUCGCCAUUGUUCUUACACAGCUUGUUGUGUGUUCUGUCACCACCAAGAUGACCGCUACCGUUCAGUCCAUCUCCAUUUACAUGAACGUUUUCAUUAUCAUUUUGUUCUUGAUCGCUGUACCCAUCGGUACUAAGGUUAACUUGAAGAGAUUCAAUGAUGCACACUUUAUUUUUGGUGAGUUGCAGAACUUCAGAGACUGGUCCCCCGGUUGGUCAUUCAUGCUUUCUUGGAUGCCUGCUAUUUGGACCAUUGGUGCCUUUGACUCGUGCAUUCAUAUGUCCGAAGAAUGUAAGGAUCCUACCAGAAAGGUUCCUAUCGGUAUUAUUGGCUCAAUCUCUGUUUGUUGGAUUGUUGGAUGGUUCAUCGUCAUCGUCAUGUGUGCUUGCAUGAAAGACGGAGAUGUUGAGGCUGUCUUGGGUAGUGACACCGGUAUGGUGGUUGCACAGAUUAUCCAGGACUCAUUGGGAUCUAAAUGGGCCAUUGCCUUCAUGUCGUUGAUUGCAAUUGCUCAGUACUUGAUGGGUAUGUCUCUUCUUAUUGCAUUGUCUAGACAAGUAUUCUCUUUCGCCAGAGACCACGGCUUGCCAUUCGUCUACAACUACGUCAAGGUGAUCAACCCUAAAAUCAAGGUUCCUCUCCGUGCCACCAUUUUCUCUGGUAUUUUCGCUUGCAUUUUGGCCUUGUUGAUUUUGAUCGAUGCCACCGCUGCCAAUGCUCUUUUCUCUAUGGCUGUGGCUGGUAACUUGCUUGCCUGGGGAGUCCCUAUUCUCUUGGUGAUCUUGCCCACUGCGUCUGCCAAGAGAUUUGUUCCAGGUCCAUUCUACUCGCUGAAAUUCUUCUACCCGAUCAACGUGAUCUCGUGUGUUUGGCUUUCCUAUGUGAUGGUCAUGUGUAUGUUCCCAGACAACAAGGCUGUGAGCAAGGACACCAUGAACUACACUUGUGCUAUUAAUGGUGGUGUGUGGUUGUUAUCCCUCAUCUACUUUUUUGCUUAUGGCUACAAGCACUACCACGGCCCCAAGUCGAACUUGUCUGCUAUUGAUGCAGAGGAAGCCGUAUCGAUGCAAAGUGAGACCAUUGACGCUAAACUUGGUUAG